GUUAUUAAAAAAAAACAAAAAAGCCCCCAAAGUUUUCAUCAUCAUCAUCUUCGUCGCUUUUACUCUCUCUCUCGAGCUCUCUGCUCGGAUUCUAAAGUUAGUUACUUUUUGUAAUUUAUCAGUCUAAUCGUUGAGAAAGAAUCUUAAAAUGGGAAGUUUGAAAGAGGAGAAAUUUCGAUUUUGCAUCGAUAGAGGAGGCACGUUCACAGACAUCUAUGCUGAGGUUCCAGGUCAAUCCGACUGCUGUGUGAUGAAACUUCUAUCUGUCGAUCCAUCAAACUACGAUGAUGCUCCAAUUGAAGGGAUAAGAAGAAUCCUAGAGGAAUAUACAGGUGAGAAGAUCCCGAGAUCUUCCAAGAUUCCUACUGAUAAGAUCGAGUGGAUUCGAAUGGGCACCACUGUUGCUACCAAUGCUCUUCUUGAACGAAAGGGUGAGAGGAUUGCUCUUUGUGUGACUCGAGGGUUCAGAGACUUGCUUCAAAUUGGAAACCAAGCACGUCCUAAUAUCUUCGACCUUAAGGUCUUGAAACCCUCUAAUCUAUAUGAGGAGGUUAUAGAGGCCGAUGAGAGGAUAGAACUCCUUAUUGACAAAGAGAAGGAGACUUCUUCUUAUUUAGUCAAGGGAAUAUCUGGGGAACCUAUAAGGGUGUCAAAGCCACUUGACAAAGAAGCUUUGAAGCCUCUGUUGAAGGGUUUGCUCGAUAAGGGAAUCAGUUGCUUGGCGGUUGUAUUGAUGCAUUCUUAUACUUAUCCUCAACAUGAGAUCUUGAUCGAGGAGUUGGCUUUGAGCAUGGGAUUUAGGCAUGUUUCUCUAUCAUCGGCUUUGACUCCCAUGGUUCGUGCUGUGCCUCGUGGAUUGACAGCUAGCGUUGAUGCUUAUUUGACACCUGUCAUUAAGGAAUAUUUAUCGGGUUUUAUGUCUAGAUUUGAUGGAGGAGGCGAAAAGGUGAAUGUACUAUUUAUGCAGUCUGAUGGAGGUUUAGCACCAGAAAAGAGGUUUUCUGGGCAUAAAGCCGUUCUCUCAGGUCCAGCUGGAGGUGUUGUUGGCUACUCACAAACUCUAUUCGAGCUUGAAACAUCCAAACCCUUGAUCGGGUUUGAUAUGGGUGGAACUUCAACUGAUGUGAGCCGUUAUAAUGGAAGCUAUGAGCAAGUUCUUGAGACCCAAAUUGCUGGAGCUAUAAUUCAAGCUCCUCAACUUGAUAUAAACACAGUGGCCGCUGGUGGUGGCUCUAAGCUUAAGUUCCAAUUUGGUUCAUUCAGAGUAGGACCUGAAUCAGUUGGGGCACAUCCUGGUCCAGUUUGUUACAGAAAGGGUGGGGAUUUAGCUGUAACAGACGCUAAUUUGAUUCUAGGAACUGUUAUACCCGACUAUUUUCCAUCAAUUUUUGGUCCAAACGAGGAUCAGCCUUUAGACAUUGAAACUACCAGAAAGGCAUUUCAAAAGCUUGCGCUCGAGAUCAAUUCAUAUAGAACAAGUCAGGAUCCAUCAGCAAAGGAGAUGACAGUGGAGGAGAUUGCUCUUGGGUUUAUUAACGUGGCAAACGAAACUAUGUGUCGGCCUAUACGACAACUGACUGAGAUGAAAGGGCAUGAAACAAGAAACCAUGCUCUUGCUUGCUUUGGUGGUGCAGGACCUCAGCAUGCUUGUGCAAUUGCCAGGACUUUAGGCAUGUCAGAAGUUCUUAUCCAUCGAUUUUGUGGGAUAUUAAGUGCUUACGGUAUGGGAUUGGCUGAUGUUGUUGAAGAAGCACAGGAACCAUAUUAUGCUGUUUACGAUAUGAAUUCAGUUCCCGAGGCCUCUAGGAGGGAGUCUAUUCUAUCGCAACAAGUUAAACAAAAGCUACGAGAUCAGGGUUUUAAAGAUGAAAGCAUUGUGACUGAAUCUUACCUCAAUUUGAGAUAUGAAGGCACAGAUACAGCCAUCAUGGUUAAAAGGCAAGUUGAAGGGGAGGAGAAUGACUAUGCUUCCGAAUUUGUGAAGCUAUUCCAGCAAGAAUAUGGUUUCAAACUACAGAACCGGAAAAUCCUUAUUUGUGAUGUGAGAGUUCGAGGUGUAGGAAUCACCAACAUCUUGAAGCCUCGAGAAGUGGAGCCAAUUUCAGGAAAUCCUGAACCUGAGAAGAGUUACAAGAUUUAUUUCAAAGACGGGUGGGAAAAUACACCAUUGUUCAAGCUGGAGAAAUUGGGGUAUGGGCACAUCUUGCAAGGCCCUGCAAUCAUCAUGAACGGGAAUAGCACUGUGAUUGUAGAACCUUCUUGUAGAGCUGUUAUUACCAAGUACGGCAACAUCAAAAUCGAGAUUGAUUCAGCUCCAACCACUGUAAAAGUAUCAGAAAAUGUCACAGAUGUUGUGCAACUUUCAAUCUUUAACCAUAGAUUUAUGGGUAUUGCCGAACAAAUGGGUAGGACUCUUCAGAGGACAUCGAUUUCUACUAACAUAAAGGAAAGACUGGAUUUUUCAUGUGCUCUCUUCGGUCCGAAUGGAGGGCUAGUUGCCAAUGCCCCUCAUGUUCCUGUUCAUCUCGGGGCAAUGUCAAGUACAGUUUGCUGGCAACUCAAGCACUGGGGUGAAAAUCUCAGCGAAGGAGAUGUACUCGUAACUAAUCAUCCUUGUGCUGGAGGAAGUCAUCUCCCUGACAUAACUGUUAUCACGCCGGUCUUUGAUAAUGGGAAGUUGGUAUUUUUUGUAGCAAGCAGAGGACAUCAUGCUGAGAUUGGUGGUAUCACUCCUGGAAGCAUGCCACCGUUCUCAAAAGCAAUAUGGGAGGAAGGGGCAGCCAUUAAAGCGUUCAAGCUCGUUGAGAAAGGUGUAUUCAAUGAAGAAGGGAUCAUCAAAUUGCUGCAAUAUCCAUGCUCGGAUCAACCUUCAACUCCUAAAGUCCCAGGAACCCGCAGGAUUCAAGACAAUUUAUCUGAUCUCCGAGCCCAAGUUGCUGCAAACCAAAGAGGAAUUGCACUGAUCAAAGAGCUAAUCCAACAAUAUGGUCUCCAAACUGUUCAAUCGUACAUGAACUAUGUCCAGAGCAAUGCAGAAGAAGCUGUAAGAGAAAUGCUGAGAUCAGUUGCUGCUAGAGUUCAACAAGAGAACGGCUCAACCGUUAUCGAAGAAGAAGACUAUAUGGAUGAUGGAUCCACGAUCCAUUUAAAACUCACCCUCGAUGGAGAGAAAGGUGAGGCCUUUUUCAACUUCGAAGGCACAAGCCCAGAGGUGUAUGGCAACUGGAAUGCCCCCGAAGCUGUAACAGCUGCAGCAGUGAUCUACUGCCUCCGAUGCUUAGUAGAUGUAGAUAUUCCCUUAAAUCAAGGUUGCCUUGCCCCCGUCAAAAUCCAUAUUCCCCAUGGUUCAUUCCUCUCUCCUAGCGACAUGGCUGCAGUUGUUGGAGGCAACGUGCUAACUUCUCAAAGAGUCACAGACGUCGUUUUGACUGCAUUUCAAGCUUGUGCUUGUUCCCAGGGAUGCAUGAACAAUUUGACAUUUGGGGACAAUACGUUUGGUUACUAUGAGACUAUCGGCGGCGGGAGUGGGGCGGGGCCCACUUGGGACGGGACUAGUGGGGUUCAAUGCCAUAUGACGAACACGAGGAUGACUGAUCCUGAGAUUUUCGAGCAGAGGUAUCCAGUGAAGCUCCAUAGAUUUGGGCUCAGAGAGAGCAGUGGGGGUAACGGUUAUCACAGAGGAGGAGAUGGGCUUGUGAGAGAGAUAGAGUUUCGGCGUCCAGUUGUGGUGAGCAUACUUUCAGAGAGGAGAGUUCAUGAGCCAAGAGGAUUGAGGGGGGGACAGGGUGGAGCUAGAGGCGCUAAUUAUUUGAUUUGUAAGGAUAAGAGGAGGGUUUAUCUUGGAGGGAAGAAUACUGUUGAGGUUGAUGAAGGGGAGAUCCUGCAGAUUUUGACUCCAGGUGGUGGUGGAUAUGGAGCUCCUAGCUGAAUUCUGAGUGGUGAAACUUUAAACUGCAUCUUUGGUCAUUGGUUUUGUGCUGCCGUUGACAGGAAUAAGGACUUUAAAAUAAAGUGUUAAUGUUGCGGGUUAAUGUGAUUAACACAAGGGUUUAUAUCCAAACCCUUAAAGAUGAGUACUUGAUUCAUGUUUCAGUUGGAAUAAUCUUUUUUUUAAUUAAAUCUGGGGUCAUCCUUUUUGUUCUUGAUAUGUUUAGGUCCUGUACUGCGAAAUUUUUUGCCAAACAGUGAUGAUGCACUCUGAGUUAUAUUGUUGGUAGGUAAUAGAAACUUUCAAUAGAAAUCAA